UACCCAUCUCUGGAGGCAACAUGAGGCUCUACGACGCAGCUCCCGUGCAGGUGUGGCCGGUGGUUUCGUGGUUGUUGCUGGGUGGAUGGCGGUAACCACGGGCGAUGGCGUUUCUUGUUUUGGCGCUGCUGCUGCUUCUUCCAGCGCCCACCCUCGGACGGUCGCGGGGAUCUCACACCGCUCCUGGUGGCUGGGGACAAGAGGGCAGAGAUUUAUAUGGAUAUAGGCCGAAAAGAAGAAACGUUAUUUGUCGAGAGAAGCCAGCUAAAGAGGGCACAUCGCUACUGGGUGAGGUGUCGUUCGUCGUAGUUCGGUCGAGCGAAGGAAUAAACAGAAAUGGCCCGUUCCUCAGACAACGAGGCAUUGCUUUGCAGGCAGUCACGUGUGCUGAGUCAGGCAGGCCACAACAAACGCUGGAAUGGUUGAUUUACUGAAGAAUCUAGGAUGCAUAAGAAUUCUGCAGAGUCAGAGUAGUUUAUUUUAAGAGAUCUAUCUAUUAGAAGAUC